AUCUAAAUUGCAUAAGUGUAUAUUUUGAUUCCCCAAAGUAUUGUAAUAGAUACGUAUAUCUACUUAAAAAAAAUAAUCACUGUCGUAGUAUCUCUAAACCCCAAAAAAGUAAAGUGACAAGCAAAAACAGACAUCUAUAGCUUCCUCGCUUAAUAUCAAGGUCAACUGAGGUUUUUAACCCAUAUCAUCCAAUUAGACGAUUGCACACGCUAUGCGAGAAGAAAGCAUUUAUGAAUUUCCAGUGUUACAAAAUUCUAGUCUCUACCAAAGAAGCAUCUCCACGAACCCAUGGAUACUUCCAGUAAAAGUGAUAAAACUGUUUGUUCUGGGAAUACUGGUACCAUGUUUAUUAAUAACAAUUCCCUUGUAUCUGAGGUAUCGGGUAUACAGUCAUCAAAUGUAUCCUCUUGCAAUGUCAGAUAUGAGAUUGAUCGAUAACAAAGUUUCUACAACUUGGUGCCAGAAGCAAAGAGUUAGUGUCAAUGCCACGUUCAAUGCUUUUUUAUUGUCGAAAACUCCCGAAAUGUCGACAGAUAAAAAGCCAAUGUCUAUGGUACGAGAACUCUCCCUAGAAGAUGACACCAAAGAGUAUUGGGGGUUUUAUUUAUUGAAAGGGACUUCAGUGACCGUCUCAACAUGUGUAAGGUGGCCUGGAGCAUCUCUUAUUAUGAUCCGAGGUCACAAACACCUUCAUGAAUGCGCCUAUAUUGGAGACAAUUCUUCCGAAGAGCUUGAAGAACAAAUGGAGGCGAUUCGUGAGAAAGCAUUUAUCGAUUCGGACGAGAAGAAAGCAGACCAACCUGCAAAUAAUCCAGAUGAAAUGAAACGACACAGGCCUGAAGUUAAAUUCCACAGUGUUAUGCAGCAGAACUACAGUAAAAGACUGGAGCAGAGUAUUGAUAACAUAGAAGUUACGGAUUGGAAAGAUAUGCGAGCUGUUCUUCUAGCAUUACAAGAAAAAAGCAAAAACUUUAAAAGUAAACUACCCCAACAGAAACAACAACACGUACAUAGAAACUCAACCAUUGCAUUGGAUGAAACUAAAAAUUUUAAAAUAGAUAAACCAAAAAACCAAACGUCAUCUGAAGAAGCUUUGGAUGAUAUCAUGUCAAGGUUAACCAAAAUGGGUGAAAAGGGAACAAAGGUAUUAGAGAAAGUAAAUAACAAGUACAUGAAUAAGCCAAAAGAUCACGUGUUCGAUAUGAAAGCCAGGCAUUACUCAAAACCGGCAGUCAUUUUUGAAAAUGUUGACCAAGCGAGGAAGAAACGGGAAUUGGUACUAGAACAAGCCUUGGCUAACAAUGAAGAUGAUGAAGAACAUGAUUUAGCCAUUGAAGAAGAAUUCCACCCUGACGGAAUAGCCGAUCACCGAGGAACAUUUAAUGAGACUUCCUUAAAUGAUAUGAGCAACAGCGAAUUUUGGUCGUCAUUUUCGAGUUCAGAAGAAGCUCUACUAAAUUGUGCUGGCUUAAUAUUAAGUUUACCGCUUCUGCCUCACAGAAAAUGCGUACGAGAAUAUGUGGAUGAAGAAAGUUCUAGAGAUAACACUAUUUCGUAUAAGGUACCUCUCAAUGGAUACUAUUUCUUUGUGUUCAAUAGUGAAAAUGAAGUACAAACUAACUACGUUCGAGUCAAAUUCGAUAUCGAAAAAACUGUUUACAACAUCUCGAAUCCAGUUGCCAAAUGUAUUAAUGCUUCUGAAACGUGCACUGUUGAUUUGAACUUUUUUUCAUCAGAAAAGUUAGUAAUGGAGCUUCCAUUAGUAGAUAACGAAUCUUUAUUUAAUGAAGAAUUUAUAGUCCUAUCGGAAUGUGAACCAAGAAGUUCGGUAUAUGCGGUUUUUGUUAUACUCGUUCCUAUAUUAGUGAUAUUUUUUGCAUUUUCCUGAGACGGUCACUCUGUUGUUUGGGAUUUCUAACUGAAACAAUUAAGUGGAAACAACAGAAAAUUUCCUGUUUACUAGUCAUUUGUUACAAAGUACAAAUUGAUGAAAUUGUUGUGAUAGUAUUUUGUGAUUAGGUAUGCAAUAGUAUGCUUCAUAAACUUUUUAAUCGAAAUUUGAUAUUUAUAUAGUGUUGAAUGUUGAUUUUUAUAACAGUAUACGCAAUAGACUAAAUAAAGUGUUUGAAAUAUAAUUAAGUUAAAAGUUUAAAGUCAGUGCUGACUGGAGGAAAAUAAACAGGGUUCUUUGUGAGUCGUUUUAAAUUAAUAUAAAACCAAUCAAACAGGAGUUACAAUUGCUGAAUGUUUUCUAUUUGGUUAACUAAGGAAAUAUACCUCGUUUCAUUUUGUAUAUCUCAACUUCUGUUCCAUACGUAUUUAGUGCAGUGCAGUACCACGUUUUUUGUAUAGGAUAUGUCCCAUAAUCUUUUUUAUAUUUCGGAAUAACCUUUGUUUUUUUUUGUACAACUCAAAAGUUUUUCUAUGCAGAACUGUAGUAUUCGAAGGAUAAUUAUUAUAUCUACUUUUUGUUUAGCAAAUUUUAUAGGUAGAUUUUAUUAGAUAUUAAGUUAUAAUACCGAUAUCAUCAUAUGCUAUAACUGAGGUAAUGUCAUAAUAGUUUUGUUUAAUUUUUGCUAUUUAAAUUCACACUUUAGC